GUUGGUCCGACCUGCUCUCUGCAGAGGUUGAUCACCCUACCGGUCGCAAGUCCAGAUAAAACUUGACGCUGCACUGCCUCCACAAAAACCGUUCCGCAAAUCAGAGUCAAGCCAGAAGCUGCAUCUUGACCGCCUUCAUGCAAGUCUAAAGCUGCUCAGCCCAGCUCGUGAUACCCAACACGACCAAUUGUUCCCAGUCUUUCACUUUUUUACUUCCUAUAUAUUAAGCGACUCAAGCCCAAUUUUCAGUGGUUCGAGCUGUCUUCCACUCUAUAAGCAUCAAGGAGGCAGCUUGGUUGACGUGUUAAUCCUCAGAACUCCAAUAUGGAUCCUCUCAGUAUCACAGCUGGCGUCGUGGGUAUUGUCGCACCAACGCUGCACUGCGUGCGACUCUUGGUAGAGGACUUGCAGAACAUUGCCGACGCACCUAAUACCGUGAAAGCGCUCACCAACAAUCUCCAAUCAGUGGAACUUGCUCUUGAUUCGUUGGGGGCUGUGACGGACUCGCAGUGGGAGUCCCUGGGCGAUGCUAUUAUUACCCAGUCGAAAGCUACGAUAACUUCCUGCGAAACUUCCUGCAAAAGGUUCAAGACCUCUCUCGAUCGCUGGACCCGGCACAGCACAGAUGGAACGCUCUCCUGGCGAGACCGCGCAACUCUGGGCAUCUUCAGACAGGACCACAUCAAAUCCAUAUCGAAGCAGCUUCAGCAAUGCAACAUCACGCUGACCUCUGUAACGAGCAUUGCAACCUUACACAGCUCCCUGCAGCAGGCUCAAGCGGCCGAAGAGAUCAAGACGAUACUAUCGACGAAGGAGACGGCGAUUAACAAUGCAAUCACAGCGACAAACGAUCAGUCGGCCGAAGUUAGUGCUCAGCUGGAAGCGCUUACCCUAGCAGAGCCGGGCGAGGGUGAAACGGACGCCGGUCAGGCGAGCGCGACGAAGCAGGUUGCGAUGGAAAAGAAAGCACUGCAUGAAUCGCGCAUGCUGUUUGAGGAACUGCUCUCCGUGAUCCAGACAGCAGCCGCAAAUGCCCGAGCAGACCAGGGAACCACAAUCACCUUUGGAAACAAUAAUAGUGGCCAGCAAGUGGGAGUCAACAGCGGCACUAUCACUGCUACAUUUGGCCGAAGCGGGUAGACUUUGUAUCUUUGUUCCUUUUACUUGCUCUACUAUGUAUUGAAUAAGCUUGAAUCUAUUUACACAACCAUGUAUUCUCUCGUAAUGCGAACCUGACCACCGG